AUGCGCCCCUCCAAUAUCUUCGCUUCUGCCCUCACUCUGGCCAUGCGGUUUUGGGCCUCUCUGGAUGGUAGCAUUCAGAAGCGAUUCGCUGGUGGUUGGUGUGGUGUCCAUGUUCACGGACACCGGAAGCUGGACUCUGAGACUCGAUCUGGCUGGAUCAAGAUCUACGACGUCAAUGGGUACUUGGUCUUCCAGAAUAACGAGGUUUGGCAGGAUCAAGGCUCAAUCCUUAUCGAGGCACAAGAAGGAGGCAUGCCUGACAAGAUGUAUGCUACUAUAUUCCCCUCCGGAAACCCUAGCUCCGGAGAUGUUGCCGAGUUCCGAUACGGCGACAGGGCUUGGCGCAGUGGAGGAGCCAAUAGCGAAUAUUUCGAGGGAGACCUUCUUAUUUGCAAGGUUGGCAACUGGAAUACUGGCGCCGGCCUAGUGCCCAGCUACGGGGAAAUUGAUUUGGAUUGCAGCUUCACUUGCUAA